GGCGAUGACAUGAAAACAUUGUUGUUGCUGCUGCGGAGACUCACGGACAGACGAGCAGGAAGGACGGAAGGUUCGCGGGGCUUCCUUCAGGUCCGGGUUUAGUUAUUAUCCUUUUUUUUAAUUAUUUUUUUAGAAAAAAAGGUGGCAGUUUUUGUCUAUAAAGGAGCCGCGGGAGCAGCCAUGUCGGUGAAUAUGGAAGAACUGAGGCACCAAGUGAUGAUAAACCAGUUUGUUUUGACGGCUGGCUGCGCCGCCGAUCAGGCGAAGCAGCUCCUCCAGGCGGCCCACUGGCAGUUCGAGACGGCCUUGAGCUCCUUCUUCCAGGAGGCCAACGUCCCCGGGCAUCAUCACCAGAUGAUGUGCACUCCCAGAAACACCCCCGCCACGCCGCCCAACUUCCCCGACGCCAUCACCAUGUUCUCCAAACUGCGGGCGUCCGAGUGUGGCUCCGGCACGGGCAGCGGGCCCUCCCAGGUGUCCAUGGCGUGCUCUCCACCAGCCCACUCCUCCACGGUGGGAUUCGGCUCCUUCUGGGCAUCCUCGCCGCCCAGCCACCAGCCGGCCUGGCUGCCCCCGUCAUCUCCCACGGGCCACCACAUGCACCACAAUCACUACCACCACAUGCAACAGACUCCCAUGUGGCCCCCCGUCUCCCAGCCCAACGGCUCCCAGCAGGCCCCCGUCGUAUCUGCGCUUCACGGACAGAGAUGAGGCCGAGCGGCGGGCUGAGUGGGGGGCUCUGGGGUUUGUGGGGCGGGAGGGGGGAAGAUUUCUUGUUUCUCGUUUCUCUGAACUGAACACGAGCAGUUUGGCUUCGCUGCGAGCCAGAGGGCGACGCCGGGGGUCUCCGAGGACACUGAGAAACUGAACCCGGCCCUGCUCUGAGCAGAACCCCAACGGAGCACUUGCUGAGGAUCGGAGCCAUGAGACGUGAUUUUUAGAGACUCUCUUUUCAUUUGUCAGAAAAAAAAUCAGACAGGAAGUCGGCAAUAACCAGCAGACCAAGAGGAGGACGAAUCAGACGUGUGUGUGUGUGUGUGUGUGUGUGUGUGUGUGUUUGGACUACAGAUGUGCACCAACAGGUCAGCCACAAA